AACAUUUGCUACUAUCUUAAACGCAUGCCAUCGCCCCGUCCUUCCCACGGUCCAGGUCGCUUCCCAGACGCAGGUUGAUUUCGUAUCUGAUUCAGCCCGUCACCUGCCCCCUUCGCCGACGACGCUGUAUCGGAUUCAUCAGGAGAGGAUUCCGGCGAGACGGAGGGGGGCGUCUAGCGAUAGGCUGAAAGGGACACUAUGGCCGCGAGCGGGAACAGUACGGUGCCGUCGGAGUCGGAAGAUCCGGCUGCGGCGACUGAGCUGAUUGAUGGGAGCAACACAGACACAGGACAGGAGAAGCAGAAGAGGAAGAUGGCGGCUGCUGCAGUGGGAGAGGGUUCUGGUGCCUUAUUACCUGUGGCACCCGCCGUUAACACCCCACCACUCCCCUCUUCGCUGCCCUCAAUACCCCAAGUCCGGCAAGCGGAAAGCUCUGCGCGAGUGGAACAUGGAAUGCAGGAGGAUCUCCAAACUUGCUGCAAAAGAUCCUCGUAGGCGUCUUCCUACUGUCAUCGAGCCCAAGGACCCAGCCACCUCCGACAGUGUGGCCAGCCCAAGGGACAAGGCUCUGGUGCGGGGUGUGGGGCGCUCCAUCGUUAGCGUUUCUUCUAUCGCACCUGAAGGGGAUGAUGACGUUACCUGCCAAUGCACUGGCAUCUUUGUUGGCUGGAAUGAGACAACAAAGUGCGCUCGAAUAUUGACUACUUCUGAUAUCGUUGAUGGACUUGAUCACAAACCUAAGAUGCAUGUGCGCUUGCCAAAUAACACCGUCAUUGAGGGACAGCUUUUGUUCUUCAAUAAACAUUAUAAUAUUGCUUUGUUGGAGAUUUCAUCAGAGUCAGACUUACCAUUGCAGCUCCCUUCUUUUGGGUCUAACCCAAACUAUGGUCAGGAGGUCUUUGUGUUGGCUAGGGGUGAAGAGUCAAACCUAAUGGCUAGGCAUGGGAGAAUCUUGUGGACUGAUGGACUAGAUUAUUUUGGGCUCAACUACUGCAUGUUUCUUAGCUGUGAUCUACCACCGAGUGGUGUUGGAGGAGCGGUGAUUGACCUUGAUGGAAAUGUUGUUGGGAUGGCAUUUGUUAGCUUGAAACCUAGUAUUCUUGUCAUUUCCACCAUCAUGACAUGCAUUGAAAUGUGGCUGAAGUUCAGUCGGAUUGCUCGACCUGCACAUGGUUUGCGCUUAAGGACAGUGGAGCUGCUGGAGGUGUCACUCCAGGAGGUGAUCUCUCGUGAUUACAACAUCCACAGUGGUUACAUCGUCGAUGAGGUAGAGGCUGACUCUACUGCUGAGAGGCUUGGCGUUAGAUAUGGUGAUGUGAUUGUUUCAUUUGAUGGGCGGCGUUCUCACACUCUACCUCAGUUGGAAGACUAUCUUCUAUCUCUUGGUUGGAAAUUCUUGGAGAAAAACACUGAGUCAAGCUCCACAAUACUCACGCUUGAAGUUUAUGAUCUCCUUGGACGUAUCACGAGAAACAUCAUCCUGCCUGUAGAAUUCUCUGAUUCUUAACAGAAUAUGAGCUUCUCUUGCUCCAAAUGGUUUUCUUGUGCAUGUGUGCGCGCUUGCAGGUGUCCCAACUCCCAGGGAAGCAGCAACACAGUGCAGCUACCACUAUUUGUUUAAUUACACUUUAGGACUAUAUGCGAUAAUCUUGUAUGUGUUUUCGUUGAAGGUUGCAUCUUGCAAGCUGAUCUUAUUUAUCUCCAGCUAUGUAUCUUAGCACUUGUUUAUCACUAUCUUAGAUAGUGAAUUAUAAAUUAUACCUAAAACUGAAAUUACAUUCUCAGGCAAUUUCGCUCAAUGCAAAAUUAAGUAUGCU